GACAAAGUUAGGGGAGAAAAUAACAAAAUAAUUACGGCUAAAUUGAUUAUUUUUGUGGUUUUCUUUGUAAUAAAUCGGCAUUUCGUUUCAUUCAAAUUUGUUUAUAACAACUAGUCAAUUAAGGGUUAUACAAACAUCUUAGAUAUUAAGAAAUACCUAUUUAUUUUAUGCUAAGUAUAGUGAAUGAAAUUAUGUUGUAACUUGUAUAUCUACAUACGUUUGGACAUCAACAACAUUCGAUUUAGUCAUAAUAAACAUAGACCUAUCUAGACCAAUAUUAUGGUUUGCGUAAAAAUCAUACAAUUAAUGUAAAAUUCAACAGUACCAAAACUUGCAAAAAUAAAUACUUACUAACAAAGUGCAGAAACCCCUUGUGUUGUGAACUGAACAAGUGAAAUAAAUUAACAUUGUUGUCCCUAAUUGAAGAAAAUGAAGGUGCACUUUCGUGAACAAUAUGGUACUAAAGGAGAGGAGGUCCUAUAUAUAACACCAGCAGAUCAAAAUAGCAUUGUUCGCGUUCCUUUACGCGGCGAAAAAUUGCUAAUACAAGAGAAAUUUUUUCUAUUUCGAAUACUGCAGAAAAUAUUCCUACCGAAAGGCUAUCCCGAUAGCGUCAGCGAAGAUUACGCAUCAUAUCAAGUAUGGGACACCAUACAAGCAUUUUGCAGCACCAUAUGUGGUACACUAUGUACACACGCUAUUCUUAAAGGAAUAGGUGUGGGAAAUGAUAACAUAACUGCUUAUUCAGCUACAGUCACUUGGAUUCUAAAAGACGGGAGUGGGCACUUAGGUCGUAUCUUAUUUUCAUGGUGGAAGGGGUCACAGCUGGAUAUUGAUUCAAAAAAGUGGCGCCUAAGAGCGGAUUUUCUGAACGAUUUAGCCAUGGGUAUUGAGAUAUAUGUGCUUCCAAAAUAUCAAUUUAUUAGUACGCAGUUAUUGUGCGUCACAACUGUACUAAAAGCUAUUGUGGGUGUUGCAGGCGGUGCAACUCGUGCGGCGCUUACACAACAUCACGCGAUUCGAGGAAACUUAGCUGAUGUCGCCUCGAAAGACAGUUCCCAAGAGACAUUCGUAAACUUGAUAGCUUCAUUCGUAGGUCUUUAUUUAUUAACGAUUAUUAAAAGUCAAAGUAUUUUGUACACUGUCUUUAUAUUUAUAAUCAUCACUCAUCUUUAUGCAAACUUAAAAGCAGUUAAAGCAGUCUGUUUACGUACGUUUAAUGAGUCACGUUAUUUAAUUGCUUUGGAGGAGUAUUUCCGAUCUGGGCGAAUGUUAACACCUCAACAGGUUAAUAAGAUGGAGCGCGUAACUAUUGGGCAAACAGUUUCUGUGUCUCUAAAUAUUUGUAUAGGUUUAUCAAUCAGAGCUCUAAUUGAUGAACAUAAAACAACACACGCAAUUGAAAACAUAAUUUCAUCUUUUGAUCCACACGAACGUUUUAUUAUUGCAGAAAGUCAUAAAAAUAUAGGAGUAUAUUUGCAUUUCGAUGCACGGCCCCAAGAUGUACUAAAAGCGUAUUUCUUUGCUGUAUCGUAUUUGCAAGAUCGAAAUCAAAUCAAAGACAAAUAUUGGGAGAUUCAGUCAAAAUGGCAAGAGUUCGUAACGUUGGCACAAAAAGAGGGUUGGAUUACUACUCAGUAUUUACUGAUGGUUGAUGAAUAUCGAUUGGACUGGAAGGCAUAAAAGAAGGCGUAGUACAUUAGGAAUUAAAAGUGAAUAAAUUGAAAAAAAUGCAAAAUUUUAAGUUUUGUAGAUCAAUUUAUUGCUUGAUCUCAAGUUGAAUCUAUCUCGAAUCUUGUUUCAAAAUAUAAUAUUAUCAAACUGAAUUGCACUUUAUUUUAUAAAAGCCGUGUUGUGCUGAUAUAUUUGAUAUUAGAAUUUAAGAAUGUGAUAAUCCACAUAUCUCGUAAACACUAAAACAAGCACUAUAAAUAAUAAAAAAAUAAAAUAUUUGUACUAAUAUUUUAACACAGCAGCGAAAAUGAUUUUAAUAGAUUGCUACACAUAGCCCUUUCCAUUGUAGGAUGUAGAGAAUCAACCUUUAAUACGAUAUGCAUAUAUCACUUUAAAAAAUUAUCGUUUGCAACGUUAAAUUGCGUUAUCUAUCAAAGUUUAAAGGGAUUACAUUGGAACAAAUUCAGACUAUGGAUCUUAGUAUUUAUUGAUAGAUCUUAGUACGGCGUCCUUUAAAUAAUAUUAAACAUUUUGUUCUUUAGCAUUUAACUGAAAGUAAUUUAUCCGCGCAUGCAACGAUAAUCUGAUUUUUUUUUGCAAAGAGACAGAAGUAUUUUUCGCCUUAUAUUUCUUCAAAAUCAUAGUGCUAUAAAACUGUGGCAACCUCUUAUGACUUUACAUCUGUUCUUUCGUUAUUUGGUUAUCUUCAUGUUUUAACAUUUUUAGAAAUUGUUUGGAACACUUUAAAUGUUUAUAAAGGAAACAAUUUAAAAAGUAAAAUUUAGGUUAAGAUUAUUAUGGCGGAACUUGAAGAACAACUAGCGGAUGAGCGAGAAGCGUUACUAUCAAUUUAUGAGGGUGAUACAAACUUUAAGCAAAUUGACGCGAACACUUUUCAAUACAAG